GAUCGAGCGGGGAAGAGAUCAAAACAGAAUUGAAUAAUAGAUUGAAUAGAUUUUGAACUGUGAAAUGUUUCCACGAAGCUUUACAAGUUUCAUGUUUUAAGAGCAUUCUUUGCUCUCGUGUUGAAUUUGAAUUACGCAUUUAUUGCUGUGCACUUUGGUUUAUCAAGCAAUGGAAGAACUCUUAUGAAGUGAAAGCACCAACGUCACCAGUAAAACUAGAUUACGAUCGCCUUGACCGUUCUGAAAGUGGCGCUCAAAGGAAGGACAAAAAAAGUGAGAGUGUCGAUAGACGUGUCAGAAAUAAACACUGUUGAUCGGACAGAUCGCAAAAUCUUGCGAGACACUUGGACAUUACAGACGUGUAUAGUGCGAUGAACAGUUAAAAUCGUGGAAUUGUAAUAGUGAUCGAACAGCUGCUACAGUAUUCAGUACACAGUACAGUUCAGUCGACAAAAUAAGACGAGGACAACAGUUACAAAUACGAGGAAGUACGAAUAAACAGACUUUAUCGCAUAAUCCGAUUUUUAUUAAAUAUUUUUAAAAAUUUUAGAUUUUUAUAAAAUUAAGAUACAAUCUAUUUUACUAUGCUAGCAGAUAGCGACUGUGUAAAAUGCGAUACUGUCUAAUUCUUUAAGAACAUUCAGAGAUUAGAUUACGCAUCCCCUCUCGCACACAUCCAGAUGGGUAACAAAGUCGGAAAUCGGCCGAAAGGCGGCGCCUAUUACUUUGACGCAGUCGACACGGCAUCGACAACGUCAAAAUCGCCUCAUUAUAACAACACUACCAUUGCGUUCUUGUGCUUCUUAUGCGGUGCCUGUUUUAUCUUAAGCUUGGUCUGUUCUUUUCUGGUGACGUUGAUCGUUUUGCUGAACAAAACCGUUGUGGCUGCGAGCUAUCAAAACGCAAUGGAUACUACAAGCUUUAGAUUGCCAAAAGAAGUCUAUCCCAUACAUUAUAAUCUUUUACUACACCCGGAUCUUAAUGAGGGAACAUUUUCUGGAAAGGUGGUUAUUCUUUUCAGUGUCGAAGACACUAGGAAGUUUAUAGCUCUUCAUCAGAAGGAUCUCGAGAUCACAUCUGCAGAUAUUACAACUCAUGGUCUAAAAGAGGAUUAUAAAAUUAAUAUUUCUUCCAUCAGCAAACCUACUGAAUAUGAAAUCUUUACCAUAUCAACUGAGAAGGAUCUUAUGCCAGGAAUGUAUGACUUGACUCUGAAUUUUACUGGAAAUCUAAAAAAGAAAAUAGUUGGAUUUUAUUCCAGCACAUACUUCAAUAAAUUUUUAAAUAAAACUAGAUAUAUUGCUACUACCAAAUUUGAACCAACUUAUGCCAGACAAGCUUUCCCCUGUUUUGAUGAACCCCAUUUUAAGGCAAGAUUUACAGUACAGUUGGUUCAUCCUACAGAUGGUUGCUAUAGUGCCUUGUCAAAUAUGAAUGUGGAGAAAAUAGAACCAAAUAUCACAAGUGGCGAAACAAUGGUGACUUUUGCAAAAACUGUACCCAUGUCGACAUACUUAGCUUGUUUUAUUGUCAGUGAUUUUGUUGCUGACACUAAAAUGGCAAAAGGAAGGCCGAAAGGACCGACGAGGGAGCGUCGAGAAUUUCCUGUCAGUAUUUACUCUUCAAAAGUACAUUCGAAAGGAAAAGGCUAUCUUGCCGUGGAGACUGCUGUAAAAGCUAUCGAGUAUUAUAUAAAUUUAUUCGAUGUAGAUUAUCCAUUACCAAAACUUGAUAUGGUUGCUAUCCCUGAUUUUGUAUCUGGCGCUAUGGAAAAUUGGGGUUUAGUAACUUAUAGAGAAGCAAGAAUUCUUUAUGAUGAUUUCAGUAAUUCCAUCUUCGAUAAACGUGAUGUUAUUAAUGUAAUCUGUCACGAAUUUGCUCAUAUGUGGUUUGGAAAUCUUGUUACUUUAGCCUGGUGGAAUGAUUUAUGGCUCAACGAAGGUUUUGCUACAUUCAUGUCAUAUAAGUGUGCAAAUGAUAUUUAUCCAAACAAUGGAUAUAUGGAUGACUUUGUGGUUCAUAAUAUGCAUCCUGUAUUCAUUACUGAUUCAACAUUGAGCUCUAAUCCCAUUGUUCAUGAGGUUAAAAAUCCAGAUGAGAUAACUGCACUGUUCAAUGAUAUAACGUAUAAAAAGGGAGCAUCUGUAAUUCGCAUGAUGGAAAACUUUCUUCCGCACCCUAUUUUUUUUGGUGGUAUCAGUGUUUAUUUGCAUAAAUAUUCCUACGCAAAUGCGCAAACUGCGGAUCUCUUCAACAUUUUUCAAGAAGGGAUUGGAAAAACAUUGAACAUAACUAGUAUAAUGGAUACUUGGACACGGCAGGAAGGUUAUCCCGUUAUCAGUGUGAACAAAUCUGAAGACAACAGCACGUAUAUAUUAACACAAAAGCGAUUCUUGGCUGAUCCGGAUUCAAAAUCCGAUCCUUCAAAAUCGAAUUAUGGAUAUAAGUGGACUAUACCAAUUACUUAUAUCACAAACAAGGUUGAGUAUCCUACUCUUGUAUGGUUCGAUAAGGAUGCGAGUGAACUGGUAGUUGAAGUUGACGCAAAUACUAAGUGGAUCAAAUUUAACGUGGAUCAAGUAGGUUAUUAUCGAGUUAAUUAUUCACCACAAGAGUGGACUAACUUUACUGAACUGCUUCGAAGUCAUCAUACGAGAUUAUCGGUAUUGGAUCGAGCAAAUCUUUUGAACGAUGCCUUUAGUUUAGCUGAGGCCGGUGAAUUAGAUUAUGAGACCGUGCUACUCAUGUGUGAAUAUCUCACAGAGGAAUAUCACUCUGCUCCAUGGGAAGUCGCGAGUUCGAAAUUGGUAUCUAUUUAUACUUUGUUAAACUCCAGGGACACAGUAUCAGAUUCUGCAUAUAUACUUCAGAAAUUCGCUGCACGUUUAGUUAAGACUAUAUAUUCGGAUGUAACUUGGACGGUCAAUAAUACUGUCGAAGAAGAAAAUGUGCCGUUAUCUCAUAUUCACAGGAGAGUGCGUCCGAUAAUACUCAAAUUUGCCUGUCAAAUGCAGAAUUAUGAAUGCUUGAGCCAAGCUAAAAUUCUUCUUGAAGAACAUCUGAACGAACGAAUGGUGCUACAUCCUGACAUUCGUGAAUUAGUUUAUCACUUUGGUGUGUAUCAUGAAUCGGCUCAAGAUGAGAAUUGGAAUUAUUUGUUCAACAAAUUAAAAUUUGAGACUGAUUCAAGCGAAAGAAAUAAGUUGAUGACUGGAUUGGCUGGUAUAAAAUCUACUAAGAUGUUAGCAGAAUACAUUGAGAAAGCUAAAGAUGAGAAAAUUAUUCGCACUCAAGAUUUCUUGAAUUGCUUAAUUACAAUUUCGAGAAAUCCCCUUGGUACAUCGCUAGUAUGGGAUUGGGUACGCAAUAACUGGAAUUUCCUGGUGGAUAGAUACACAUUGAACGACCGUUAUCUUGGACAACUUAUACCGAGUAUUACAAGCUCAUUUGCCACGCAAACCAAGUUGGAAGAGAUGAACAGCUUUUUUGCGAAAUAUCCCGAAGCUGGUGCCGGUAAAAACUAUCGAGUCAAAGCUCUUGAGACUGUUACGAAAAAUAUCAAAUGGGUUGCUAAAUAUGGCAAAAUAUUCGAUCAGUUGGCUCAAAAAGAAUUCAUGCAGAAAAUGUUUUAAUAAUGUGAGUGUGUUUAUGUAAUAAUAUGAACAAAAGAAUAUUUCGAUACGCGUGAUAUUAAUGUGAAGACAAAAAGACUUGGA